CUAACCUGACAAACUUUCAGUAACGCGAAGUCCUCCUAUCUUUUUUUGCACGCACGGGCCAGCAAAUCUAAAAGAAAUAAUUCUUCAAUUCCUGCUAAAACCGGCUCGCGUUUAGCUAGACUCGUGCGGUGAAGGUCGUCCCAGUCCUCCCAAUUUGGGAUUCACUGUAAUGAACUGUUAAAGUUAGCAGCAUUUGUGGAAUUUGAAGAGCAAAAUAAGAAGCAAAAAGGUUCUUCGUUUUCAUCUUAGCGCGCCUCCGCGAGUCCGCAGGGCUGGGGUUACGUGCGUGUAGCUGUGUGCAGUGUGUGCAUCUCGUUAUCGAAGCAAGGAACCGGGGAGGGCUGGCCAGCGGAAUCAAAUUGUGUAGGUACCGCCAUAGCAACUGUUUUGGGCUGCUGGUGGGUGUAAAGGCAACAGCAUAAAUCGAUUGUUGACAAGCUGGAUCAUCCGCUUUCCUGAAGCUUCCGGAGCAAACCUUCUGGUGUGCAAACGACUGGCAGCUAACUUGAUCAGAGUCGUCUUCACUUAGGUUACAAGCUGAACAACAUCGAUUCAAGCUAUAGUUUUGUAUAGGUUGCGUUCACUCCCCUUAAUCAAAACACACAAGUGUGAAUUAUUUCAGCAAAUUAUUGUCAAAACGCUGUGUGGUUCAAUUGAUGCUGCUCUUUGGAUAAGCAAGGGCACUUUGACAAAUCAGCAUCAUGUCUUUCCAUCCUCGUCCUCCGGGAACCACCAUCGUUUCCCCUGGGAUACCGUACAUCGCUCCACCAAUUGUACAGCAACCGAUGAUGCCUGCUAUGAACCAGCCACCCCCGUCUAACCGAGGAGGGAGUUUCAGAUCCGGGGCGACAAUCGGGUCUCGUCCACAGAUGUACAAUAACAAACCACCACCCCAACCAGAACCCGUGUACGAUGGUCCGAUAGUGACCGUAUUCGUAGGCAAUAUCAGCGAAAAGGUACCAGAUCCCAUGAUAAAACAAAUACUAGCAGCUUGCGGCACAGUGGUAAACUGGAAACGUGUAUCAACCUUUGGAUUCUGCGAAUAUGAUCCUGCCGGGGGUGCACGUGCCGUGCGCUUGGUACACGACCUAGAGGUGGGAGGAAAAAAGCUGGUGGCCAAGGUGGAUGCCAAGAAUAAAGCGCUGCUUGAUUCGUUCCGUGAGGAUGAAAAUAACGCUGAAACAACCAACGAAGUGUCGGAGAAGCGGGGCGAUGAUGAUGCAAUGGAAAGCAUCAAUCGCAUACUGGAAGACUUCAAGGAAGAGCUGGCAGCGGCAGAGCAGCAACAGGAAGAAACUCAAGCCAAGCAGAAAAAGAUGCUUCAAACGGUGGACAUUGAAGACGGGAAGCGCGACAUUAUCAAUAAAGAAAUAGGCAAAUUUCGCAAGUACACCGAAGAGGAGGAGCUGAAAAAAGAAAAAGAAAAGGAGCGCAAGAAGCGGGAGGAAAAGCGAACGGAGGAAAAACAACGACGUUCAGUAUCACCCCGCAAGGACAAAAAACCUUCGAACUCGUCGAGACGGCGUAGCAGAUCGAGAUCCCGUGAUCGUGAACGCGACCGUGAGCGGGAACGAGAGCAGCGUGAACGUGACAAGGAGCGUGAGCGUGAGCGCGAGCGAGAGCAGCGCGAACGGGAGCGCGAACGAGAACGUGAACGUGAUUUAGAAAGGCAACGGGAACGGGAAAGGGAACGCGAACGGGAACGGGAACGAGAACGUGAACGUGAACGAGAGCGGGAAGAUAUCAAGGUGAACCGGAAUCCUCGUGACAUCCAGAAGGAGAAGGAAAUAGAAGAGGAAGCUCGGGAACGGAAGAAAGCGGAGAAAAAGGCCCGUGAUAAGGAGGCAGCGUACCAAGAACGGUUGCGCAACUGGGAGGCUCGUGAAAGGAGGAAGGCCAAGGAUUACGAAAAGGAACGGGAGAAAGAUCGAUGCAAGGAAGAGGAACGUGAGCGGGAAGCGAAACGGCUGAAAGAGUUUCUUGAGGACUAUGACGACGAUCGUGAUGAUCCGAAGUACUAUAAGGGUCGUGAGCUACAGCGAAGACUUGCUGAACGAGUUCGUGAAGCAGACGCCGAUUCCAAGGAUCGCAACAAAGAACAGGAGGAGUUGGAUGAAUUGAAGAACAAAAUAUUCAGCGGAGAGUAUGACAACCCGACGCUCGAGUUCGAGAAAGCCAAAAAGGAACGCGAGGAUCUAUACAAACCCAAGAUUCUGAUUGACGUAAAUUUGGAACAAUCGCAGCAGCGCGAACGGGAGCUGGAACGGGAGCGUAUGCGGGAAAUAGAGCGUCAGCGCGCGAAGGAACGCGAACGCAUGAAUAAAGAGCGCUACGUACUGGCACAAGCUUCGAGGGAACUUGCUUCGGUCGACGCUGAACCAAUCGAAUCGGACUCCAGUGGGCAGGAUAACUUUAAUUCACCUGCUGGAAGUGCUCUGCAGGCCGCGAAUAGCAGUACUUCUAAUGGGCCAGGUUCAGGCUCUGCCAGCAUAAUGGAUGGAAUGGCAAAUAGCAAUCAUCACCACCAUCACCACCAUCAUCCGCAUCAUCAUCAUCAGCACCACGGUCAACAUAAUGCAACGGAGCAACGCGUCGCGUCUGCUGGACAACAUCCGCCUCAUGCAGGUUCUGAAACGCGUGAUUCGUUCGGACUGAUGGGGCACGGUAGUGGAGGCACGGCUGCACACGGUGGUUCUGGAGGAAUGCUGGAUGAUGAUAGCUCUCGACACUCGAUGCGAUCGAACUCGCAGCACGGAAUUCCCGAAAGUCCCGAAGCAAAUAGUAACAGUGAGAUGAACUCUAUAUCGGACAAAUCGUCGCAUCAUCACCAUCAGCAACUUCUGCCACAGCAAUCAGCAGUAGGCCCAACGAUCAGUCUAAAUCUGAACGUGAAUGCCAAAAAGAAAAAGCUUGAAAUGAAGGACGUAUUCAACAGCCUUGAUGACGACACUGAGGAAUCCAACGGACCGAAAAAACGAAAACUUGUACCAUUAGAGUACGAGGAUGGACGGGGUCAAGCGGACACACCGAUUGGAACGGCAAACAGUACACCGGCGGGUAGCGCGCCAAAAUCAUCGAAAGGCAAAAAAGAUGAUGCAUCGAGCCGAGAAACUCAAAAAUCGCAGGAAGAGAAGCGCAAAAAUAUUAAGAGUAUUAUCGACAAGAUACCAACGGAGAAGAGCGAUCUCUUUAAUUAUCCGCUCGAUUGGAACGAAAUCGAUAGUACGAUCGAGAAGAAGAUUCGACCAUGGAUAAAUAAAAAGAUAAUUGAGUAUAUAGGUGAACCGGAACCAACGCUGGUGGAUUUCAUCUGCUCCAAGGUGUUAGCCGGUAGCACUCCCCAGGGUAUACUGGACGAUGUUCAGAUGGUUCUCGACGAGGAGGCGGAGGUUUUCGUUGUGAAAAUGUGGCGACUGCUGAUCUAUGAAGUGGAAGCAAAAAAAGUUGGUUUGGCGAAGUAGGCA